CGUGGACGCAGCUCUGCGCAUGUGCAAAGAGGCGCCGGAGUUUCACUUUGUAACUUUUAAGUGGUGGGGACGCUGCCCCGCCCCGCCAGGUACCGCCAGACCACUCCCCUCGGCGCGCGCCGCCGCCGCCGCCGCCGCCGCCGCAGGGAGAGAAGGCAUGAUGACCAGCUCCCCAUUCCUGGAUCCCUGGCCGUCCAAGGCGGUGUCCAUCCGUGGGAACCUGGGCCUUGGGGACCACCCCAAUGACUCCUACUGCUAUAGCUCAGCCAAAAACAGCACUGUGCUUCAGGGGGUCACCUUCGGAGGCAUCCCCACAGUCCUGCUCAUAGAUGUCGUCUGCUUCCUGAUUUUAGUCCUGGUGUUUUCCAUCAUAAGGAGAAGAUUCUGGGAUUAUGGCCGCAUAGCUCUGGUAUCAGAAGCAGGCAGUGAGGCCAGAUUCCAGAGGUUGUCGUCGUCAUCUUCUUCUUCCUCACAACAAGACUUUGAAAAUGAACUGGUUGGGAUGCUGCCUUGGCUGACUGCCAUCUUCCGCCUGACCGAUGACCAGAUCCUGGAGUGGUGUGGGGAGGGCAUCCACUACCUGUCCUUCCAGAGGCACAUCAUCUUCCUGCUGGUGGUGAUCAGCUUCUUCCUGUGUGUCGUCUUGCCAGUCAACCUCUCAGGAGACUUGCUGGAUAAAGACCCCUACAGCUUUGGGAGGACAACAAUAGCCAACCUGCAGACCAACAAUGACCUCCUUUGGCUGCACACCGUCUUCUCCGUCAUCUACCUCUUCCUCACCGUGGGCUUCAUGUGGCAUCACACACGGUCCAUCAGAUACAAAGAGGAAAGCCUGGUGAGACAGACCCUGUUCAUCACAGGACUCCCCAGGGAAACAAGAAAGGAGACGGUGGAGAGCCACUUCCGGGAUGCGUAUCCCACGUGUGAGGUGGUGGAUGUCCAGCUGUGCUACAGCGUGGCUAAGCUGAUGUACCUGUGCAGAGAGAGGAAGAAGGCGGAGAAGAGCCUUGCCUAUUACACAAGCCUGCAGGCCAAGACCGGCCGACCGACCCUCAUCAACCCCAAGACUUGUGGCCAGUUCUGCUGCUGCGAAGUGCAGGGCUGUGAGCGGGAAGACGCUAUCUCUUACUACACCCGAAUGAAUGACAGACUGCUGGAGAGGAUUACAGCCGAGGAGUGCCGGGUCCAGGACCAGCCCCUAGGAAUGGCCUUUGUCACCUUCCGUGAGAAGUCCAUGGCUACUUUCAUCCUGAAAGACUUUAAUGCCUGCAAGUGCCAGGGCCUUAGGUGUAAAGGUGAGCCCCAGCCAUCCUCCUAUAGCAAAGAGCUCUGUGUCUCCAAGUGGAUUGUCACCUUUGCCUCGUACCCUGAGGACGUCUGCUGGAAGAACCUCUCCAUCCAGGGUGUCCGCUGGUGGCUGCAGUGGCUGGGCGUCAACUUCACUCUGUUUGUGGUGCUGUUUUUCCUGACCACGCCCUCCAUCAUCCUGUCUACCAUGGACAAGUUCAACGUCACCAAACCCAUCCAUGCGCUGAAUAACCCUGUCAUCAGCCAGUUUUUCCCCACGCUCCUGCUGUGGUCCUUCUCGGCGCUGCUCCCUUCCAUUGUCUACUACUCCACACUGCUGGAGUCUCACUGGACGAGGUCGGGGGAAAACCGGAUCAUGGUGUCAAAGGUCUAUAUAUUCUUGAUCUUCAUGGUGCUGAUCCUGCCCUCCCUCGGCCUGACUAGCCUGGAUUUCUUCUUCCGGUGGCUCUUUGACAAAACUUCCUCAGAGGGCUCCAUCAGGUUGGAGUGCGUCUUCCUGCCAGACCAAGGUGCCUUCUUUGUGAACUACGUCAUCGCCUCAGCCUUCAUCGGCAGUGGCAUGGAGCUGCUGCGGCUGCCCGGCCUCAUCCUCUAUACCUUCCGCAUGAUCAUGGCCAAGACGGCCGCUGACCGCAGGAAUGUUAAGCAGAACCAGGCCUUUGAAUACGAGUUCGGAGCCAUGUAUGCGUGGACGUUGUGUGUCUUCACCGUCAUCAUGGCUUACAGCAUCACCUGUCCCAUUAUCGUGCCAUUUGGCCUCAUCUACAUCCUGCUCAAGCAUCUGGUGGAUCGGCACAACCUGUACUUCGCUUACCUCCCGGCCAAGCUGGAGAAGAGGAUCCACUUUGCCGCUGUGAACCAGGCCUUGGCUGCUCCCAUCCUCUGCCUCUUCUGGCUUUUCUUUUUCUCCUUCCUUCGCCUGGGUCUGAAGGCUCCCGCCACCCUGUUCACCUUCGUGGUGGUGCUGCUCACCAUUCUGGCCUGCCUGCUCUACACCUGCUUUGGAUGCUUCAAGCACCUGAGCCCCUGGAACUACAAGACAGAAGAGUCAGCAGCAAGUGACAGAGGAAGCGAAGCAGAGGCCCACGUGCCCUCAUCAUUCACACCCUACGUGCCUCGGAUUCUGAACGGUUUGGCCUCAGAGAGGACAGCCCUGUCUCCACAGCAGCAGCAGACCUAUGGCGCCAUCCGUAACAUCAGUGGGACUCUUCCUGGGCAGCUUGUGGCUCAGAAUCCUAGCGACAGUGUGGCCUGUGCCUACCAGGAAUCCUGAGAGUGGGCAAGCUGCUGGUCUGGCAGGCUCUGGACACUCAG